AUUUGUUUCCUUUACCAACCAGCGCAUAAAAACAAUGUCUGAACCCUACGACCCAUAUAUACCGACGGAAUCGUCGACUUCAGUCCGUACUGGCAAUGCCAACACGGAAUCGACUCCCAAUGUGAAGACAGCUGCAAUUCAACAACAAAUUGAUGAUACGGUGGGCAUUAUGAGAGAGAAUAUCUCCAAGGUGUCUGAGCGCGGUGAACGCCUCGAUUCCUUACAGGACAAAACAGAUAAUUUGGCUGUAAGUGCUCAGGGCUUUCGUCGCGGUGCCAAUCGCGUGCGCAAGAAGAUGUGGUGGAAAGAUAUGCGAAUGCGGUUAUGUAUCAUCAUUGGUAUCAUUAUUUUACUAGUCGUUAUUAUUGUUCCCAUUGCAACGAAGCUUCAUGGAAAGUAAGGGUUCAUACUCUGGAUGUUAUGAAAUUGCCAUGCUGUAGGGCAUUUCCUAUGAAUAGAUGGAAUGCAGUAUUCCUCGCUUUCGAGCUUAAUCAGUCUUAUCUUUUUUAUGCUAUAAAAGAUAAUAUUCCAUACUAUACUAUGAUGAAUGUACUUAUAUUUGCUUAGAAUCGCAUUUAAAACGUGAAAAUAUUGGUUUCUUUUUUUUUUUAAGCAAUUACUUCUCUUUUUCCCCAGUUUCACAUUCUCAUCGCAUGAGCCCCGGCAUUUGAUGAGGGUGACGGACAUGCUGAGUUGGUUUUUCUACAUAUUGGGGCUUUUAACUAAGCUGUUUUACAGUUUCAGCUAGGCAUUGCAUUAGUACGAAAUUGAUAGAUUAUAUAUCCUCCUACCAAGAUUCCCAAAUGCUGACUUAUGCAAAGUGCACGAGUGUAAUCGUGUCAUUCGUCGAAAAGACUCGGUAUACCCAAAUGAAGCCUGCUCGGUGUGUAUUUCAAUUUUUGUGGCUGUUCGCCGCUUUUCCGUAAGACAAUUCGUAUGGCAUGAGGAUAGUUGAUGUUUAAUGUAUAUGAUAACUGCCUUUCUUUUCCUACAAA